AUGGACAAAUACGGAAGUUUGAUGGAAGCUACAGAUGUCACCUCUUCUUUCUCAAGGUGUACUGCCCUUCGAGCCCUUGGCUUAGUACUUCAUGGGAUGGACACCAUGCAACUCCUUGAUAUUACGGAUCACAAACUGCUUUGUUGGCGAGAUGCAAUAUGUGAGGCCAUGAUUCUGGGCUUUCGCGUGGAAUUUCUUCUUAAACUCGUGAAGAGCUUAGCACGUGCCGUCUUUGGAGCACGGGCCAUUCGUAGUAUGCAAUUAUCGCAUGAUUCUGAUGAAGUAAAAGCUGCUGCAGAUGCCUUGAAUAUUAAACAACAGGAGUUGGAGAACCAGCGCCGGGAGAUGCAUGCCCUUCUUCUUGCUAAGGGUAUUUCUGUUGACAGCGCUGAGUGCGUGACGGAGGCAGCGGCCAGAUUAUCUCCUGGGGCUUCCUUUGUUCUUUUCGGACAUUCCCCAUAG